CUUCUUCCUACAUAGUCAGUCAUUUUUCUCUUCGUUGAACGCUUUGAAUAUUUUUCAAAGCGCUCACUCUCAUUUUGCAAUCUCCGGUGGAAUACAGUUUUAUUUACACUCGAGAUGAUAUUCAACGAGGAAGUCUCUUUGAGGCAACGUCGAAUAGAAUAAUUGUUGAUUGGCCGGAACCAGGAAUUAGAUUUUAUAAUGUUAUGGAAGGGGAACGGUUUCGCUUAAAACGCGACAGCGUGAAUGCCUCUAGGUGUUGAGCGCCGUAGCACAAUUUGGUAAUUGCGCUGUUAUCUCGGAGGCAUGUGGGUACCACCAUUCGAUAAAGCGAAUCCUCGCGUACAGGAAGCGGUAUAUAUUGCUGCUCGUAGUUACAGCUACGCUUUUCACGCAGUUACAUCUAGUUCAGUGAAUACUUUUGAGAUUCAAAGGAAGCAAUGGCGUCGGUUUUAUUCCUGAUUUUCUUGCUGGCUGGAACUUAUGCCAAACCCGCAGAAUUGACAGAGGAGUCGAUCAAUAAUAUAGAUCAGGGCACGGAUUUGGAUAUCGAGAAUCAAGACCCUAUCGUCGUCACGACUCUCAAAGAUAGCAUAAUUCAAAGUUCUGACAGUACCAGCACCACUUCUAAACCGGGUCUGUUCGCCUGGUUUCUGACGCCGUUGACCCAGAAUCUUCAGAUCAGUCCUGAAACUCUUCAGAACCGCGUCACACAAAUCAGAGAGACGUUGAGCAACUUAGGCUGGCGAAAUCGCAACACCAACGGCAAACAAUUAACGGGGAACGCGAACACUCUGGUGCAGCUCGCGGGUCCCAAUGAUUCCGGUUUCUACACGAAUCGGUUGGACCCGGCUGGGUUCUUCGGUGGGAACGGUUGGCUGGCGAACAAGGGUGGAAUUCUGGGUGGCCCAGGUGCGAUUCUGUCUACCGGAAGCGUCCUCACGGACUAUCCCACCGCGUACAGGCGAAAAUAGAUGAUAAAGAAUGAAUUCCAAAGAUAAUUCCAAAAGAGAAUCUGUCGAUGGUCGGAUCGAAGGAACAGCGGAAAGGAUGGCAGUUUUUAGUGUUCGAAAAAUUAUAUUGUAACAUUGCUGUUGCUUGUGUGAAUAUUUAUUAGUUUGGGUCUCCUAUUUCGAGGAACGGUUUGCGGGAAUAAAGACGGAUCGUAGAACAAUAAAUAGUUGUUAGAGCGAGCGCGUGCAGUUGACAAAGGUGAUGGACGAGGAAGAAAUCGCAAGCGUAAAUAAAAAUGUACAUUAAAGGGAAUCGGGGGCAAAUAAAGUAAGCAGAUAAUUCCGACGGAACGUGCGCGAGACGGAAGUGGAAAUUUUUCCGUUGGCUCGCCGCGCCUGUUAAAGUUCGCGACGGUGAGAGCUUUUCAAUAAAUA